ACGUUCUCGACCGCGUGUCCAGAAACAAGUUCUACAACCGGGUUGACAGCAAUCCUCUCGACGCAAACUUCCAAAUCGAUCUGCACCCCCCUGACAACAGCGCCGCAAUUGAAGUCACGAUUCUCACCAAAAUCGGGCCUGGGGUUGCAAUUUCGGUGGCAUGCUUGGUGGCGUAUGUGGUGGCUGGGCUGAGUCUAUCGGGCAUAUGGCAGUUGAAAAAAGUCCAAGGCACCGCACGGCAUGAGCGGAUGUGGGUUUGGGUCGUGCUGGUGCUGAAUGUCAUGAUGGCGGCCGGCAGCGUGGCAGUCUUUGGCUAUGCAACGUCUGUUCAGGCGGGCGACGCAACCUGGAAGACGUACAAGGAUGCAAGCGCUCCAAACCAAGAGCAUACGAGGGAGACGUGGGCAUGCGAGAUCAACAAGUUCUUUCCACGCGAGGGUUGGGCUGGAUCUGUGUGUGGUACUACGCAGGCAAUGCGUUAUCUCCUGUUGGCCAUGGCUCUCGCUGCCAUUUGCGUACUUGGAAGUCUCUGGGUGAUUGUCAGGUCCAGGGGUGGCAUCAAGUGGGUGUCUGGUGGCAAGGGCAGGUACGCUGGGUUCCGUGGCAUGUAUGAGAUGCAAUCGCAAGGACCGCAGGCGCCGUAUGGUGGGCCGCCAGCAGGACAAUGGAACCAGCAGCCUGUACAGCAAUGGCCUAUGCAACCGGCGCAGCAUGGGGGGCCGGGGUAUCAACCUGUUCCACAAUGGCCGCAACAGGUUGUUCAGAUGCCAAAGUCAGAUGCUCAUGCUGAGCAGCGGCCAGUAUUCCAGUGAUGUGCGUUUGAUUGAAUUUCAGCCCGUGGUUUGGCCUUGCGGGUUUUCCUUCUCAGGGCCUCUCAUGUCCGUCAGCACUCACAACUAGUGCCAUAUUAAUCUAGAUACUACUAGGCGAAUUCGCUAACAU